UCCGCCAUUUUGGCGGGGGAGUGGGGGUAGGGUGAGGAGGCAAAGAGAAACGGCGAUUGGCCGUUGCCGGAGCAACGCAUCCCCCUCGCGUCCAAUCGUGCUCUGGAGAAUCUCGUGGCUGGCAACUCGCGAAGGGGGUGGAAGAGCCGGCCGGUGGAAGAGAGAGUACGACGCCUCGUCGAGUACGAGGGUGUUCGCGAGGGUGCUCUCGCUGCUGCUACUAUACUAGGCUACCACUACUACCACUACUACCGUUACCACUAUCGCACUAAGCGUAUCCUGUCAUUCGUAAACUCGUCGGUCUAUACGUGUACGCCGUCGUAUCGAAGUUACCAAAACGUUGCGAGGUCAUAAGACGAUCAUACACGGAACUCGAACGACGCCAACGACGUUUUAUAUCACAUCAAGAAUAGAAAAGCAAGGAGUUACAGUGAUAAUAAGCGACAGUGAAAUAAGGAGGGAACGCGAGAGCAACGUCCGAAAGGUGGUAUUGUGUUAGAGUACGGGAAAUAGGGGAAAGCCUUUCAUCGUCUGGAGUGCCAAAUGCCGAAGAGGAAAUAAUCGAAAGGAGGAGUUAUUAAAAACGCAAAGGAGAAGAAAGAAGGUUCAAGUUCCUAAUAGUAGCCCGUAUAUCGAGGAAUAACAAUAUUAACAAAAAUCGGACUACUGGUUCGCGCGCCCAAAAAAGACAAAGGCAUGCAGUGGUAGAUAGGGAAGGGGUGUCAGGUGGUGAUAAUCGUUGCAAGAGCUCUCGAAGGAGCUCGGUAAGGUCGUCCCCGGCAUCACCCUGGCUAACGACCUGUCCGGAGGUAGCGGUGGUCCCGGUGCGGCCGGCGUCGGCACCGUCGGUGGGACCGUCGGUGGGACAUCCGUCGGCGGCGGCGCCGGCGGCACUGCCGGCGGUGGUGGCGGUUCGUCGCUACCGACGACCGCCCUUAGCCUCGAUCAUCAGCAAUUCAAUAUAUUCCCGGCUAUAUUUAGCCGGCAAUUAAACUUUUCUGCCAACUGCGGUCAGAACAAGCUGAUGGACGAGCUAAGGCCGAAUCUCGGCCUCCUCGGAGUUGGUCUAGUCGAGAACGACAGCUUCCAUUUGAAUCACAAUCAAGAAAAGAGGAAGUGUAGCAGCGCGAGCUCGAACGAACAGGACUUUGGGCUCUACGGGGUGCAUCAGGGCCUCGAAGCUAGUCCGCCGACGCCUGCGGCUACACCGGGAAGAAGCAGCGUGGGGGCCACUACUACCGUCGGAGCCGAAGGAGCUUUUAAAAAAUUAAAACCAGACCCUUGCGCCUCUAGCCCUCACAUUGGCCACACACCCACCACCGCGAGUUGUCCUACACCGGCUCGGCGUCGGCACAGGACUACCUUCACGCAGGAGCAGCUGGCAGAAUUGGAAUCGGCGUUCGCAAAAUCUCAUUAUCCUGACAUAUACUGCAGAGAGGAAUUGGCGAGGACCACCAAAUUGAACGAGGCUAGAAUUCAGGUCUGGUUCCAGAACAGAAGAGCGAAAUAUAGAAAGCAGGAGAAACAAUUGCAAAAGGCACUUACUCCGAUACCCGCGUGCCAAGGUGCCAUGAUGAGGAACAUCUAUCCUGGCGCUAGCAGAGGCUAUCAACCCUAUCCACAUCCACACAACAGUAUAAAUGGAAUCAAUCGUUAUCCUCAGAUGGGCACGACGUCUUACCCUAGCAUGACCCAACCCUUUUCCAUGUCACAUUCGGCGUCGAACAUGUCGGCGGUCACCGGUAUGCGACAAGACGCGAUGGGCAUGUCAGCGGAGGACGAAUGGUACAACAAGAGUAUCUCGGCCCUAAGAAUGAACACGGCCCAUCAUCCUAAUCUCGCCGCACCGAUGCUGCAAUAUCAAACAUAAUUGUAAACGUAUACCGCUGUAAAUGUUCACCGACCGAAUAAACGCUAAACACGUCGUCGGACCCAUCGAGAACGAGGACGAGGAGAAAUGGCGACCGUCGUUGAUCGUUACCGAACUCGAAAUCGGAAGAGAGAGAAGUCUACUUAAAAAGGGGAGAAAGAAAGAGAGAGAGAGAGAGAGAGAAAGAGAGUUGGCUAAAUUUCUUUGCAAAAGAAAAAUUAACAAUUUUUAAACGGAUAUUAAAACACGUGGGUCGCCGAAUUAUUUUUCUCGUUCGAACGUAGCCAACGCGUUCUUUUCUCGAAAUUAAUCGUCCAUAAAGCUCAAAGAUGCAAACCGAUGAAUAACUGCUAACAAAUAAAUAUCGAGGACGAAUAACUCGACACCGUGUCUCGUCACUCUACGACGCGAAUGUAAGAAAAGAAAAAUGAUAAAAAGAUGUUGAAAAGACAAAGAGAGGAAGAGAGAAAUAUACGAUGGGAGAGAGGGAGAGACGAAGAGGGAAAGAAAAAGGAAGAAAAUGAAAAAGAAAUAAGAUCGUCAUGGUGGAUCACAUUUAGCGCAAAUAAUUUUAUAUACGUACACGAGUUUUCCUAUUCGAUUAUAAUGUACAGUAUAUAGAGCUUCGAU